CGGUUGCCGAAGGGAGGAGGAGGAGGAGGAGGAGGAGGAGGCGGCGCUGACGCAGCAGCGUGGAGCCCGGGACUCGGGCGCCCCGGGAGGAGGGCUGCCGGUCGUUGGAUCUCUCCCCCGAGACCGGGGCCUGCGGCAGCCCCGCGGCGCGGGAGCGCGCCCCGGACUGGACACUGAUCCUAUGACGCAUGCCCGGAAGAAACAACUUUUCCUUCUGAAGCACCCAGCUGGUUCUGCUGGCCGAGCUUCCUCCCCGACAGGCAGCAGGAGGAUGGACAGGACCGACACCCAGUGUGGCAGGCAGAGAGGUGGAGAUGCCCCCCAGGCUCCCAAGUGUCCCGGCGGGUUCGUGGGCUCCAACAAACCCAAGAACCUGCACGAGGUGAGGAAGACGUACCCGCUGCGGAGGCGGCUGCUCCCUUCGGUCAACAAGAAGACCUGCAAGGUGCUCCUCACCCGGCUGGAGGAUGUGGCCGGCUCGCUGUCGAAACAGAGCCAGAGCUGUAAAAAGAAGGACCUUCCCAGUUGGAUGGGAGGUUUGGGACCCGCUUUGUUCUCUGAACAAGCGCAGGGAGCAGGGAAGAGCGACGGGUCCGGGGAGAAGCAUCCAGGGAAUGGUCCAGGGGCAGAGCAGGAGCCCGGGGCCGUCCCCUCGGAGCCCAGGAAGCGCAGGGUGGCCUCGCUCAACGCCGAGGCGGUCAACAAUCUGCUGUUUGAGAGGGAUGAGGGGCUCCUGGCCGGCAGGCGCUGCCGCAGGGACUCGGGGAAAGGCGGCGGAGACUGCGCCCUGAAGAACUUGCAUUGCAAAGCUGGGGACAGUUGGCCCCUGCUGGAAAAAACAGCUGUGAAAACAGGGAAAGGCAAAAGCCGGCAGCACGAGCCCGGUCAGAAAUGCAAUAGCUGCGACCACUCCCUGGAUGAGGUCUUUGAUGACGGGGCAAAAAGGGAGGAGGGUGCCAUCUCCUAUCAUCCCACCCCUAAGAGACUGGCUAGCCUGAACGCCGUGGCCUUCCUGAAGCUGACCCAUGAGAAAGAGCAACCCCUGAAGCAGAGGAGUAAAUCGGACGGGGAGGGCAAGUCGGAGAACCCCUGCUCCAAGUCAGUGCUCAAGUGGGCCAAAGCCAGUAGGAAGAACUGUGUCAAAUCCAAGAAGGAAACUGCUGGCCUGAAAAUGGAAGGUCAGCAGGGCUGGCGAGGGCUGCCCCUGGGGGCUGUGGGGAAAGGAGAGCAGCAGGACUCCUCCAGGCUCUAUGGGCCAGCAGAACCCAUCCCUUACGAGUCGCUGUCGAGCUCCUACGCCAGCACCCAGGGGUUCUACCACAGGCUGCCCUUGCUCAUGGGUGGACAAGCUUCCAUGAAGCCAGAGUAUGGGAGGCCUGGAGAGAAAUCCCCCACCCCCAAACAGGAAUUCCAUCAGCCUUCCUUCCCCGUGCAGCAGUUCCCUCCCUUGCCUGUGCCCGGGAACCACACGGAUUGUGGAUGUCUCUAUGAGUCCUCGGAUCUGACUCCCCUGAACGGGUUUUACGUUUAUUACGGCCAAAGUGGAUACAGUGGCUACACCCACUGCUCCCUUUACCCCAAGGACGAGCUUUCCCAGUCAGCUACCUGCCAGGGGCUCUUGGUCUCGCCCGGUUCCUUGCCAUCAGGUGCUCAUUUCCAGCCUCUGCACUGGUGUAACUCCCCGUACUGCUGCGGGGAGGGCACGGCCAUCAGCAGCUACAGCGUCUGCGGCGUGGUGCCCGAGGGCAGGGUCAGCAGCCUGCACGCCGGGAGGAACACCCACCCCUACAAAAUGCCUUUUGCAGCAGAAGGCUGCAAGUCUCUGGACCAGCUGAACCUCACAAUCCCUGUGGCAGGGCACCCAGCCUCUCCUGCCCACCCGCUCUCAGGAUGUCCUGUACCCAGCGUGCCACCGGCUGCAGAGCCCGUUCCUCACCUGCAGACCCCCAACUCUGACCCUCAGACCAUGGCCCGAGAAUGUCCACAGAGCUCCAAGCCUCCCAGUGGCUCCAAAUCCGGGCUCAGGAAUACUCCAGGCUGUCUCCACGCCUCGGACAGCAAAGCCACAGGAGGUCACUCCCACCCGAAGCAGCAACGCAUCAGCAGGAGGAGAGCCACCAACGGGUGGAUCCCCGUGGGCACAGCCUCUGAGAAGGCUGUCUAUGUCGUGAAUGAACCAGAGCCAGCUGUCCGGAAGAGCUACCAGGCUGUGGAGAGGGAUGGGGAGAUCAUCCGGGUCCGGGACACUGUGCUCCUCAAGUCAGGGCCCAGGAAGAAAUCAAUGCCAUACGUUGCCAAGAUAUCAGCACUGUGGGAAGACCCCAAAACAGGGGAGCUGAUGAUGAGCCUCCUGUGGUAUUACAGACCAGAGCACACUCAGGGAGGCCGCAACCCCAGUAUGCACCAGAACGAGAUCUUUGCAUCCCGGCACCAGGACGAGAACAGCGUUGCCUGCAUCGAGGAGAAGUGCUACGUGCUGACCUUUGCAGAGUACUGCAGAUUUUGUGCCUUGGCAAAGCGUCGAGUGGAAGGGAUCCCAGGCAGGAAAACCAUCCUGGUUCCUCCCUCAGAGGAAUAUUCCACCCCUCUGCACCGCAAGGUGCCCGAGGACACUGACCCUGAGCUGGUUUUCCUCUGUCGUCACGUCUACGACUUCAGGCACGGGCGCAUCCUGAAGAACCCCCAGUAGCCCCUUCCUGGGGGCUGAGCAGGGAGCUGGUGGCAGGGGACAGCCCAGGACAUCUGUGUCCCCUGGCCUGGUGCUGCUCGGAGACGGGAGCGCCCGGCGCUCCUUCCUCGGACUGGAGAGCAGAGCCCCUGGAGGAAGGCAGCAGUUGAAAGCACAGCACUUCAUUAAAAAGCAUAAAUGAAAAUUAUAUACCUAUAAAAUAAAUAUAUGUAUAUAGAUAUAGGUACUUG